UCUGGUCUGAGGAGCAUACAGGGACAAGGUGUUAGCUACACAGAGAUACAUACUGCAAGCCUGCGUGCUAAAACAGAGAGAAUAGUAGGCUACCGACUAGCUGCUUAAACUCUAGUGUUUCAUCGUGUUUAAUAGCUGAUAUUCAAUAGUCACUAGAUUUGUGAGUCACAGGUGAGAUGACCCUUCAAAGAAAAAUGUCACAGUGGCCGGGCCUGGUGCUGUGCUGGUUCCUGCUCUGCCUCUCCCAGCAGCCGGAUUCUCUGCAUCGCGUGUCAGCCGUCAACCUGCGGCGCUUCAUCGGGUGUGCCGUCCGGGAGUUCACCUUCCUGGCCAAGAAGCCCGGCUGUGGGGGGCUGCACAUCACCACUGACGCCUGCUGGGGGCGCUGUGAGACCUGGGAGAAGCCCAUCCUGGACCCUCCCUUCAUCGAGUCCCACCAGCGCGUGUGUACCUACAACGAGACUCGCCUGGUGUCUGUGAAGCUGCCGAACUGCCAGCCCACCAUCGACCCCACCUACACCUACCCCGUGGCCUUGAGGUGUGACUGUGGUGUGUGUCUGACCAGCACCACUGAGUGCAUCACGUCUGUCUAACACUGAUCUCAACAGAAACACACUUUUGAAAAUAUCAAAUCACAGUUUUGAAGAUAUCUUGUAUGUCAUUUGGGGAUUUUACAACUAUGUGUGCAAGGAGGAAGAGGGUGAAAUAAAAGGUGGUAGCACUUUAAAAUACAUACUGUUUCAAGGCAGUUAGUUAAUAAAAUGGUUAUUUCACAUUGCUUUUUGGAUUCAGAUUGCUCUAAAAAAAAGGUUUUAUGAAAAAUGUUUUUAAAAAAAUCUUUCUUGAUUUUCUUUCUACUUUUAUACAAUUAUUUGAUUCCAUUGGUCUGUAAAUUAAACAUGCCGGUAAAUGUAA